AUGAAUGAAACAAAGUCAAAGUACGACAGAUCCAGUCUGAGCAAAGACAAUGAGUUGAGUCAAAACUCAGACAGCAAGCAUCUGAAGCUCCAGUAUGACUUUGCCAGCGCCACAAUAAAACUGCUCUAUAAGAAAGAGGAUUCUGGAAACACCAUGGAUAAAUGUACGUUUGUUGGUGUAGAUGCUGACGAUGCCAGAUUAAUGCCAUAUGUUCCGCUAGAAAAUAAAACGUCAGUCAGUACCAAAACAAGAGAGUCUUCUGAUGAUCUUAGUGAAGGACAAACAAGUCCUUAUAAACAUUCCAGUCCACUUACCAAAGAUGGUGAUGACACAUCAUCUGAUGAAGCCUUGCCUCAGACAGACAUUGAUGUUGUUGUUGUAAACUCACCUGAUGAUGCUGAAGACAAUGACAUGAAACGGCACAAACUCACAGAUACUAAAAACCUCAAGGAUGAGGAUGAGGAUGACAGAGAAGAGGAGCAGGUUGAGGAGGAAGAGGAAGGAGACAUGUCAGAUGAGAAUAAUCCGUUUGAAUGUAGUGGAGAGUCUCCUGAGGCCACUUCACCUGUUCCUGAAGCAAAAGAGAAGAAAAGAGAUUUCCUGUCAGAGCUGGGUCUGAAGAGAGGUGAAGAAGAAACUGAAUCAUGGGACUCUGAGUCAAUUUCAGAAAAUUGCAAUAUGCUACAAAAAGAAAAUCAAGAUUUCCAUACUCCGAAUCAACAGGAAAUGUCCUCUACAGAUGCAUCACUCGGAGAACACGUGUUUUACAUUCCUUCUUUUUUAAGAGGAAGUGGAUGCGGUAGGAUGGCAGAGAUAGGCAGGCCACAAAUCAGCCAGAGCCAGGCUGGAAACAACAGUAAAGAUAAAGGUGGAGGGGAACCUGUUGGAGAAGAUGAUGCUUUACAGAAAGAGAAUGACAAGACAAAAUGGGAGUCACUUGUAGUGUUGGGCAAACUUGAAGGGAAUAUCCUAAAAACAAAAGACCUAAUGGAUGAUCUCGAAUUGGGAGAUGUUGAUGAUCUUGAAGAUGCAUCAGACUGGGAUUUGGCUAGCACUACGAGUAAGAGAACCUUGCCUGAGCACAGAAUCGUCUCAUCUGGGCUUGAAGAGUUUCCAGAACACUCUAAUGUACCUGGUAAUGAACAGGAAGGAGAUGAUGCUCCUGCAGGAUUGUCAACAUCUCAGAGGAGGAGCAGCAGUUCUGACAAAAUAUUGCUGAGCGCACCCUCUAAAUCAGCUCCUCAUCCACAACCUCAGACAAAAAAGAUGGUGCUUCAGAAACACAAUAGUGACAAAGAAUCCAAUUGGGAAACUGACAAGGUAGCAUCCCUAUGUAAAACAUCAGAUGACAAUCAGCAGCAAAGUAUAACUGAGUCUCAAGCAAUGGUUGAAACGGGUUCCCCUGAGCACUCAUUGAUGGUAAAAGACCCUAUUACUGAUUUGGAGUUUGGAGUUUUUCAGCAACAGAAGGUUGGCCAAGAAAUGGCAAACACUGAAACGAGGGAUCAGAAACCAAGUUCUUUGGAUGGUUAUGGAUCAGUAGUGGAAGAAGUUGGUUGUAUGAAAGUUGGAUCAGGUUGUCUGUUAAAUAAACCUGCAGGGAUUCAUCAGGAAAAGCUGUCUGUUGCUCAAAGGUUGACAACUGCUGCACUACAGAAAAACAAGAAUUCUGAAGAAAUGAACUGGGAAGAAGAUUUUGAUGAACUCACGCAGUCCUCAGACACUGCCACAGAUGACACAGACUCACCCAUUUCUGGCUACCGUCAUGCAUCCCUUCUUAUUCAGAAGAUGGACUCAUCAACUUGGGACACAACAACCACUGCAAAGCUUCAGAACAUAUUCCACGAAUACGAACGCUCUAUUCGAAAAGAAAGGAGUCACCGUGAGUACUUGACAGAUAAGGUGAAGCAGCUGGAAAUGGAGAGGACAGAACUGAAGAGCUCUCUCGAGGAAAUUAAAGAUGCUAAAGCUCUACUGGAUCACAACCAGUUGGAAUUACAAACUGAAAUCACAAACCUCAAAUUUCAGCUGAAACAGGAGCAGGAGAAUCAUCACAAUGCCACCAUGAUGUACAACACUACCAAAGACAAGCUGAGGAGGAUGGAGGAGCAGCAUCAACUGGAGGUUCAGGAGAGACAGAAAGUGGAAGUCACUCUGAGAAACUUGGAGUUGGAGAUGAGAACACUGAUCUGCAACAUGAAACAGCUUGAAGAUGACCACAGUGAGACCCAGAGACUACUUGCUCAGGAACGAAGUGCACGGGUCCUGCAGGAAAAUCUGCUCAGCAAUCAUCUUCGAAAGCAGCAAGAGAUGGAGGCAGAGACCAAAAGAAACAUGAACAAAAGCAAUGAGCUUGAAGAAAGUGAAGACCAGUGUGUGCAGGCAGAGCGACAUAUGAACGGUCUGAAAAGCAGCCUGGAUUACAGAGAAAAGGAACUCAACACUGCUGUUCAGAAACUCCAGGAGGUGCUGUCUGCCUCAGCAGCUUCUGAACUCACCAUCAGACAGCUGGAGGCAGCUGUGCAAAAGUUGGAGAUUGAGAAUGCCAGACUAGAAGCUGCUGCAAAGCAACACUCCAACAAAAUCGAUGCUUUGCAGAAAAAAGCUCAGGAAGCUGUGACGCUGACUGACUGCUCACCUGGAGGAGGGGUUCGUGGUCAUAUGGAGGAGUUGGUAACAAAUCUGCAGAGCAGUAAGAUGAUUUUGGAAGAGCAACUCAAUAGAGAGGUCCAGAAACAAAGUAUGCUGUCCCACACAGCCCAGGACUCUCAAGCCCUGUGGGAGGAAGAGCUGAAGAGCCACUCAAAGUUAGGUCUGCGCCUGGCGGAGCUGGAAAAAGAAAAAGGAGAACUGAGCACGCAGAUGCAAAUUGAAAAGAAGAAAGCCAAGAAAAUCUCAGAACAGAAGAAGUCUAUUGACGCUCGUCUUGAUCAAGAGAUGAAGAGAAACGCAGAGCUUCAAAAAGAAAUGUACAGGCUGCGCACUUUAUUGAAGACUGCAAAGAAGAAACUGCAGAAUCAAGAGGGUGGUGGAGCACAGUUUGCCUCCCCAAUGAGCAAUCUUAGGAUGGACCUGGGCAGACAAAGACAUUCUCAG